AUGGCAAUUCCUCAUACGACAGACAAAAUCAUCAUCAUCGGUGCUGGACCUGGUGGUCUGGUCCUUGCCCAUUGCCUACGAAAACACGGCAUUCCAUACGAGAUUUUCGAGCGCGAGAACGCCAGUCAACCCAGAAAGCAGGGAUGGGCGGUUGCAUUGAUUGAAUCGCUUCCUGACCUGGAGGCAUCUCUCCCAGCAGAAGUCUUCCAGCGACUUCCCACUGCAAGUGUCAAUCGCAACAUGGACAGCAACGAUGUCUUCAGCAUUAUCGACAGCAAGACCGGCAAGACGACAGCUGCGGUCGGGGGCGAAAACUACCCCAGUCCUCGCUGCCUGCUGCGAGUCAACCGUCAAGCCUUCCGCCAGGUGCUGUGCGAGGGCAUCCACGUCCAGAACGACAAGGAGCUCGACUACUACGAAGAGUUCGACGACGGCGUUAUUGUGCAUUUCAAAGACGGCACUUCCACCACUGGCUCUCUUCUCGUUGGGGCUGAUGGCGCUCACAGCGCUGUCCGCAAACAACUCUACAAAACCGCCCAACUAUCCCAGAGCAGCUUCAUCCCCAUCGCCGCAGAACUCCAUCUAAGCAAAGAGCAAUACGAACCUCUCCACAAAAUCGGCUCUGCGGGACUCUUCUCCUACGGCCCCAACCUUCGCUACCUGAUCGGCCUGCUCAGCGUCUCAGAAGACCGCUCUUCAGCGCUCUACUACUGGGCCUGCUGUAUCCGCAGCGCCACCCCGAAGAAGGAAUGGGAGUGGGUGCGCACCGCUACCAGCGAACAGCUGCACGCCCGCUGCGUCACCGAAACAAAGGACUUCGCGCCGUAUCUUACGGAUAUCAUCCGUCUCACCAAGCCGGAGAAUAUGGUCCAGCCGCCUGUGCGGUUUGUCGAGUUUACACUGCCCGAGGAGCCGUCCGGGUCCGAGAGGGUGACGCUGCUUGGUGAUGCGGCGCAUGUUAUGGUGCCGUUUUAUCUUGCUGGGGCGAAUACCGCUGUGCGCGAUGCUUGUGAUCUGGCACGGUGUAUUGCUGGGAGUCCUGGGGAUUCGGGGAAUGUGAUUCGCGAGUAUGAGGAUCGGAUGCUGACGAGGGGGCGGCAGAUGGUGUUGCGUAGUCGUAAGGCUGGUCAGGAUGCGACUCUGGAUAGUAUUGUGCUUAGGGCUAAUGAGGAGGGGUCGGGGAUUCUUUGGUAG